CUUACUCUCCUCUCCAGUACAUUACCGCUAUAUGGACUGAACAAUGAGAAGUAUUUCCUUGUUUUCACAGUCAUCUAGUGGUAUUUCAGGAACAGCAAGAAGUCCAUUUCAAUGGCCGAUAAACCAUCGAUUUUCAUCAGAUCGACGUGAUUUCAUUUGCAAGUCGUUGCCGGUGUCGUCACCUAGUGCAACGCCAUUGAUCCCUGCUGAAAAUGGUGCUCUGUAUAAUUAUAUACGUCAACCUGUGAUAGUUACUCCUGAAGUCGACGACGGCACGAAGCACAGAGAAUUGCUCGAAAGAACUCGACGAGAACUGCAAAGAAGUACAAAACUAGUUGAGACGCUAAAACUUAUAGACAAUCUUCAACGAUUAGGAAUUGCAUAUUAUUUUGAGGAUGAUAUCAAUGUAAUACUAGAUCGAUUCUCUGAUGGCUUGUCUAAUGAAGAUCUCUUCACAACAGCCUUAUGCUUCCGCUUGCUCCGUGAUAACGGCUACAAAACUGGUUCUGGUAUAAAUUCACGACACCUUUAGUUCGUAUUAUAUGAACUUAAGGAUGUAGUAAAAAGAAUAUUAUGCUUUAACUACUAUUUGGAGAUGAGAAUUUGUGAACGAAAAGAUUAUUCAAACGUAACAUGUUUGUGAAGAGGCUAUAAAUACGAUUUAAGUAAUGAAUAGAUAGAAAUGAGCGGUGGGUAAGUGGAUACUAUUUGUAGAUCCUUCUAAAUGUACGGAUGAAAAGUGAC